AUGGGGAACCUGCUUGGCAUUGAAAAUCAGGAUAAGUUCUGGAAGAGAUGCAUUGCUAAUGGAAAGUCGAUGUGGAAUGGUCGUGAGGAUAGCGUGAGCAAGCGGAGCUUGUCCUUACUGGAAACCGUUGAAUCGCUCUUCCACGGGGCCGGAGCUCGUCUCCUUCAAACUCGAAGCCAGCGCGAACAAGUCAAAAGGAAAAUAGACAAGAUUGCAGCUGUGCACACUAAAAUCGACGAGCUUCGCGGGCAUUCGCCUGAUACGGAGGAGUUCCGAACAGCUCUUGGAAAUGUGUCGCAACUGCUACAGGAGGCCGAGCAGGUAGCGGCGUAA